GUUUUUCUUGUUGUUUGAAGAAUCAUCUCAUGUUCUGUUUGCAUCUUUUUACAUAAUCUUUGAAUGGCAUCAUCGAAUAAUCAACGACAGCAACAAGAUCGACCAUUACCAAAAUUUGGAGAAUGGGAUGUGAACGAUCCAGCAUCAGCGGAAGGAUUCACGGUUAUAUUCGCUAAAGCUCGAGACGACAAAAAGACAAACGCAAGUGGUCGUGCCACCUCACAACGCCGUGACAACAACAAUAAAUCUCAAGAUGAACCUACGAAGAAACGGUUCUGCUGUUUCUGAAGAACAACAACACAUCAAAAGGCCAAAAGCUGAGUCAUAAACAUUUGUUAGAUCAUUGAAAACAGCUUCUUCAUAUUCACUGAAAUCUGUGUAAAUUUAUCAUUACAGAGCUAAAAGAAAAAAAAAA